GAAAUAUUGGGUACCGGGGUUUAAAGUGAAGGUCGCUGCAGCAUGUUUAGGAAGAGUGAGCGUGUUGAGGUUACCGAGGAUGAAGAUGAAGAUAUUUAUGAUCCUAAAGGCAAAGGGUUUUGCCGUGCAUGUAUUGACAUAUCUAAGUAUGGCCUUUUUAGUGCUAAAAAGUCGCUAUUAAAGCCAGAAAAUGAAUGUCCACCAGAUAAGGUUGAACUUGGGAGAUCUUCAUGGACUUUACUGCAUACUAUGGCAGCAUACUAUCCGUUGCAUCCGACACCGAAGCAACAGGAAGAUAUGAAAACAUUUCUGCUUACUUUCACUCAGUUCUUUCCAUGUCGACCAUGUGCUUAUGAUUUUGAAUCCAACAUGAUCUUACAUCCACCAAAGCUUCAGGAUAGAAAUACUCUAAGUGGAUGGUUGUGUUUACAGCAUAAUUUAGUAAAUAAGAAACUUGGUAAACCAUUAUUCGACUGUAGUCGAGUAUUGGAACGAUGGCGUUAUGGCUGGGAGGAUAACAACGACUGCAAGCUGCCUGAUCCAGAGUGAUAUAAUAUGGACAUGUUGUACGGUAAUUAUGCUGUAUUCAGCCACACAUUCUUUCAUUUUUCUUUCGUAGAUCGACAUUUCUACCUUAGGAGUAUUUUUUUGUUAGAAUAUUAAUCAUAUCAUGUCUGAAUUGUUACAGUCUAUGAUGGAAAUUGUACACUCGUUCUAUGCAUUUGUAUUUCUAUCCAGGUGUAAUUUCUUGUUUCAACUAGCUUUUCUGUAAUAAAAAGAAGAUGACCAUU